CUCUUACACGCCAAAGGGCGCCGUUGACGGACUGACCCCAUCUCCAACCUCCGAGCUUUAAAAUCUCCACCAACAAGGCUGUUCGCUAGUGCGUGCAGUGCGUGCAGUGCGUGCCGAUCGCUCGGUUUAAAAUAUUCAUGGUCCCCCUCUUUCUGUAUGUUCACGAAACAUUAACUCAACUCACACACAGCAAACAUGGCCAUCAAGACAGUCGGCUUCCUCGGCGGCAUGACCGCACACUCGACGGUGCCCUACUACACACAAAUCAACGAGCAUGUCGCGGCCAUUCUCGGCCCGCCCAACUGGGCCUCCAUCAUCAUGUACUCGUUUGCCUACGAGGAGGCCAAUGCGCUCUUCAUGGCCAACGACUGGGCCGGCGUGGCCGCCAAGUUUAUCGCAACGGCUAAGAAUAUGCGGACAAGCGGUGCGCAGGCGAUCGUCAUUGGGUGCAAUGCUGGGCACAAGGUCUUUGAUGCGCUGCAGGAUGCCAUGGACGUGCCGGUGCUGCAUAUUGCCGAUGCGACGGCGCAGACGGUCCAGAAGAGAGGUAUUAAGAAGGUUGGGCUGCUGGGCACAGAGCCUGUGAUGAGGGAUGACUUUAUUAAGAAGAGGCUGCUGGAGAAGGCGGAGGGUCUGCAGGAGGUUGUGGUCCCGGAGAGCGAUGAGAUUGAUCAUUUGCAGAAUAAGGUGAUGCCGGAGGUGGCGGCGGGUAAAGUGUCGGAGGAGCAGAGACUCUGGAUGGUGAAUAUGACGAAGAAGUUGGUUGAGAGGGGUGCCGAGGCGGUUGUUUUGGGGUGUACGGAUUUUCAGUUUAUUAUUAAGGCGAAGGACGUGGGUGAGGGUGUGCUGAUUGAUACGAUGGAGGAGCAUGCGCGGUAUAUUGCCGAGUGGUCUGUUGGCAAGAUUUAGGUCCAGAUGAAAAAUACAAUAAAAGCAGUUUAAUGUCA